GCGGGACAAAUUGCUUAUUAUGUAUGUAAUCGGCCCGUCGGUAUUCGUACAGCUAUCGAGUUGGUUUAAGAUUUAUUUUUUUGAAAAAUAUCUAUAUUUAAUAUUUGGUAACUGUAAGCCUGGUACAUUUAAAAGCCAUUCAAAAACCAUGAAAAAUCAGUAAAAUUACCAGUUUUUCAAAAAUUGUUUUUAACUCAGGGAUAAUUAAUACGUAAUUUUUAUUAUUUAUUCAAAAAUUACUAUUCUUAAGCUUCAAAUUUCAAAAUGCCGUUUCAAACAAAAAGAUAUCUUCAAUAUACGCUUAACUAUAAUAACAUGAAAAUGAUGUUUUCCAAAAGUUCGAAUGCGGGUAGCGGGGAAACCACGCAACUUAAAAUUAAAUCAUCAUGGAUUUGCUCUCUUACAGUCCUAGACAACAUCCCCAAGUUUGAGCAAAAUCUAAAAUGAGACAGCAAUUCCGUUUGAACGAUUUUAAACGGUCUUUAAAAAUUGUUGUAAUCGAGAGCGGUGAAAUUUUUUUUUUUUAACUUUCUUAUUUGACCUUUUAAUAAUGCAGCCCUGUACUCGUUUUACAGAUGCAUCGACUUUCCGUGGAUUCCGAGGUAUAAAUCUAAUUUUACUCCACUAAGUAAGAAUACAGUUGUUUUUGAUAAAAAAAAAUAAGUGGUGGAAAAAUUUUUUUCUUUAAUGAGAAAAAUGCCUGUGGUGAACAGAUGACAAUUGUAAGAUUUUUUUCCGUCAAAGCAAUUGGAUGCACACUGUUUUGCGAACAAAAUUUUUUUCCAUUUGGGUUUACAGCUGUGGUGAAAUUAAAAAAAGAAUUUUUUCGGAAAAGACCUACAAAUCUAUCCCAUAAGAAAUGCAUUGGUUUUUUUUUUUGUAGAAGAACUGUAUACUUAGCUUUAAGGAAAACAUAGAUUUUUUUCCUACAGUAAAAUAAAAUUUAAAUUCUAUGAUAAAAUUAAAUUGGGUAAAAUUUUUCUAAGCCAUAACAGCAAGUACGUGCAACUCAGUCAUGCGUUUUAUUUUUAUUUUAUUUAGCAGGUAUAUUCGGACCAAAGACUUGAAACAAAUUUUGGACUAAAGAUAUGAAUUUGAGUACAAAAAUUACAAUUAUAUUUUUUUAGAUUUUCAAAAGAAAAUCGAAGAUUAAACCCUUGUCGAAAAAAAUGCAUUUUAAAAAAUUUCCUCCAAAUCCAUUGUACAAUCCUCGUACAAAUCGUUGUUUUUCUGAAUUAAGGACAAAAUCAGCGGUUGAUAUCGGAUGAAGAAAGAACUUGAGAUUGUUUAGUUUAAUGGAGUGACUGCAAACAGCAAUUCAUUUUUAAAAUCGAAACUGAAAACAGUUUUUUUUACAAUAUUCCAUUGUCUCGAUGACGAACAAGGUUUCAACGAUAAGUUUAAAUCUGCCAGUCAAAUGAGCGGACAGAACACGCAUACGUUUAAAUAAACUAGUUGGCAUCGUAGAGAUUCUUAACAUGCUUUGGGACAAAUCACUACUGUGCUUUCUUAUUAACAUUGUGCUAUGUAAAUCGUUUUGUAUGAAAGAGCCUCGUAGAAAAUUUCAUCUCAUUAAACGAUGCCAACGAUCUAAGCAGAAUAUGAUUGAGUUUGAAAAUGUUGCUUCUUUGGAGGAAUGUUUCAAGGUGGCUGAAAGUGCUAAAGCUCUUGCAUUAAAUUAUUCACCUCUUCGUGGUUUGAAAUCAAAUCUAUUUCAACAUCAGGACGAGGAUUCCAAUUCGAAAUUAAAUUUUACCCGUCGUAACAAGAGGAGACACUUUUUUGACCAACCAGAAGAGUUUUUUAACUGUCAUGCUCUGCAGUGUCCUGAGAGUUCAGCUUUUAUAACAAUGGUCAAUGACAGUCGAUAUGAUUAUUAUAGCUUAUUUGGAAACCCUCCAGAUCCAGACCAAUAUAUUUGUCAACCGGAAAUCGGAUUGUUCCAAGUAAAUAUGACACAAGAGAAAUACGAAACAGCUUAUAAGCUUUGCAAAAAGAAUUCCAAUGGAACUUUAGCUCAUAUUGUCUCGGAAAAACGAACAAAUGCUCUUUCUCAGCUGUUGCAAGGUUCUGAUUUCACAAAUGGAACAUUAAAACUGGCUUAUGUUGGGUUAAACUUUACUUUAAACUAUGGCAGUGGAGUCUUUAUGACACCUGAAAAUGAGGAAUUGAGUUGUUUUCUAUUCAGAGCUUGGGGUCCAGGACAUCCUAAAACUAAAGGAAGUUUGUCAAACUCAAGCUGUGUGGCUGUUACCACAGACAUUACUUGGAUGACAAUAGAUUGUGAUCAAAAACUUCCCUAUAUUUGUGAAAUAUAUACUUCACCACUUAAUGAGUCACUCUUUUUGGAUGCAUGUGAUACAUUUUUAAAUUAA